AUGUCGGACUGGGGCCCAGUGUUCGUGUCCAUGGUUCUGUUCAUCCUGUUGACGCCGGGACUUCUGUUUCAGCUUCCCGGCCGGUCGAGGUGCGUCGAGUUCGGCAACUUUCAGACCAGCGGCGCCGCCAUACUCAUUCACUCUCUCCUUUACUUUGCCUUCAUCUGCGUUUUCUUGCUCGCUCUUAAGAUCAAAAUUCUUAAUAUUAUUGUGACAUUAAUGGCGGAUUGGGGACCAGUGGUGAUAGCAGUGGUUCUGUUCGUACUGCUAAGUCCAGGGCUUCUGUUUCAGUUACCAGGAAGAGGAAGAAUUGUGGAGUUUGGGAGCAUGCACACCAGUGGCGUCUCCAUUUUAGUUCACGCAAUUCUCUUCUUCGGCCUCAUAACCAUCUUCCUCAUAGCCAUUGGAGUUCACAUCUAUACGGGAUAGAUCUUUCGUUUCCUUUUCUUUCUCCGUUUUUUUUUGUUAAAUGCAAACAUCCAGUUAUAUGGGAUGAAUCUGCUGGGUGGGUUUUUCAUUCUUCUAUGGUGUUUGUUUGUGUUCUUUUGAUUUGUUCUUUUUCCUGUUUAAAUCAAUUGUUUCAAACACGGUUCACUUGGGUCGGGUCGGGUCGGGUCUUUCGUUUCUCCCCUCUCUUACUGUGUAUGACUGCAAAAAUAGUACAAGUGCAUGCGACGUCGUUACUUAUGGGUUGGCCUCUGUUUUGUUUUCCGAAUUCCGAGUGAAAUUAGAAAGCCACUGUAUAAUAUUCUAAUUCAAUUGAAUCCAAGUGUUGGUAGCAUGACCAACAAUGAUUGAGUUUAAU